AACAUAAACAAACAAUUUUCGACAAAACUUUAAUAAAUUUAGUCAAAAUUAUGUCUGACUACGAUCAAGUUCGCAAAGGAAAGCUAAUUUUCAAGGGCGAAAGUUCGAGUUCGAAGAGCUCGAAGCGAAAACACAAGAAGCAUAAAAAGGAAAAAUCCGAAAAAAGACGCCGCAUCGUCGAUCCCGACGCGGAAAAGCACGGCGGAUGGUGGAAAGUCACCGAAGUCGAGCAAAUUGUGGGCAGCAUCGCCAUCCAAUUCGGGCAAUCGUACGUCAAGGCACUCGAUAAUGGACUUUUUACCCUUGGAGCGCCCAAAACAAUCGGCGAAGGGCCAUCUCCGGAGGAAAUUUUGACUGCAAGUCGCAAUGACACAAAAAUUUCGUUCAAAUCUGGGUACGGAAAGUACUUGAGAAUCGAAAAAGAUAACACAAUUACCGGUAGAAGCGACGCCAUCGGGCCCUUAGAGGAAAUGGAACCCGUUUUCGAGAACGGAAAGACAGCAAUUUUGACUCACAAUGGAAAUUUCUUGUCCGUUGACCCCGAAGAUGAUGCUUUGGUUGCUCUCCGAAAGAAAGUUGGAGCGGAAGAAAUUUGCACAAUCAGAAGUUGUCAACCUCGCGAGCUCCAUGACGACUCAAAAGACAUUCCCUUAGAGGAAAAAGAAGACGAUUUGAACCAAGUCGAGAUAAAUUACGUGAAAAAGUUCCAAAAAUUCCAAGAUCACAAACUAAGGAUAAGUAAAGAGGACAAAACGGCACUCGAAAAGGCAAAAGCAGAGGGAUUGUUGCAUGAAGCCUUGUUGGAUCGACGAAGCAAAAUGAAAGCUGAUCGUUAUUGCAAAUAAAAAAUGAUGAAUUUUAUUCUUUCAAAUACUGCGUGGAAUCUUAUUUUAGUUA